UGUAUCAGAUAGGUUAUGUUGAGCCGCAAAUCUUGUACAAUUACGAUGUAACUACCUAGGUAGGUAGGUAACCUUAGGACUUUCCGUUCGAUUGGCCAAUAUCAACCCAACUCACGACCCGAGUAUCAACCGAAAUUGAUCGAAUCCGCCAGCAUCCAUCCAGUCAUUAUGUUACCCAGGUAGCUACCUAACAUAAGUAGUCCAGGCAGCCAGUUACUUCACAAUUAUAUACUAGAAUAGCUUUCACUUCAAUACACUACACCGCCAGUCAAUAUGAGAGUCCAACUCAACCAAAUCUCCGUUGCCCUGGUGUUAUUCGGGUUCGCAUCAGCUAUUCCACCACCUCGCGAGUACGUGGGCUGUUUCGACUCACCGAUAAAUCUAGAAUUUAGUCGCACCAACAUAUUUAAUUCAAUUGGUUUCUGUUGGCAUUGGUGCGGAACUAAUAACCAGCCCGUGAUGGCUGUAACGAACGGCACCGGUUGCUUAUGCGGUCAAGCUAUCCCUCCUUCUGAAAGAACCGUGCCAGAUUCAUCCUGCAACAGUGUUUGUUCGGGAUAUCCGCAGGAAAUGUGCGGCGGUCAAGGUUACUUUUCAGUCUACCAUAGUGUGCGGCUAGACGAGCUUGAACGAGGGCCCAACCAGGAGACCUCGACGCAAAGCAUCGAGCCGGCCGACAUAAGUGAAACGCUCCCAACCGCCUCAAUUGAGAAUCAACCCAUUCCGUUAGCAGGUUCAUCCGAUCUAUAGAUUCUAUUGCUUUGUUUUAAAACGCCCGAAUAACCUCUUUCCUGAGUCAACUCGCAUUAUAUAACAAGUAGAGCAAAGGUACCUAAUAUAUCAUUGAAACCUAGGGUGGGAACCUUGAAGGUCGCAUACAAAAGCGGUAGCUUAUUUAUAUAUACACCUUUCAUUUACUGUGUAUUUACAGCCAGAGUAUAAAUCAUUUUAGGCCAAUUGAGGCCCAGAAAACAAUCGGUACUUAUAACCACCGCAAUCGACUAACUUGUACGUAUAUUAGUUUAAGAUGUUCCCGAGCAACCGACGAAGUUGUUGCCGCUGGCUCCAGUGUGAGUAAUUU